AUGGGUUCGUAUUACCCUUCGGAAGCCGGGGGCCUGCCUCUACCUGGAGUGCCUUCUUCCUCUUUGCCGGUUGCUGGACGGCUUGUACGGGGAUCCGAUUUGGCUGCAUUUCAUGGAAAACAGGUUUCGCUCUUGGGCACUUUGCUCCAAUUGCAGGGAACAAAUGCCUUAAUUCGUUCGGUCGAUGGAAUGGAGAUUUCCUGCGCGUUGUCGUGCUCCCCGACUGCGGCUUUGCAGAGCGCAGUAAUCGCCUGCGGAGAAGCGCAAGGCAGUUCUUUGGUGAAUUGUUCUCGAAUUAUCCCAGUUGGUGGGGACAUCGAUGCAGAAACCGCAGAGAAGGUUCUUUCCUUGAUGCAGCAUCCCGGCUUGUCCGACCUGUACACCCCAGCAGCUGUGCCGCCCCUUCAAUAA